AUGGGACUUGCUCUCUUCUCUUCUUUCAUUGCUGCAUGCCGCUAUCCCCACCUCCUUAUUGUCCUUCAUCUCUGUCCCUUUUGGACUCUUGCAAUUAAAACCACACCCCCUUUUUCUCUUAUGCUCAGCUCAGGUACUAUUCUGUGAGAGACUGGUCUCUUGAAACCUGUGAUCUUUCUUUGGAGGCAUCUACUAUCUACUAUUAUAAGGUCAGUGGAAGGGAUUUUCAAGGCUUCUUCCCUUUGUCCUGGUUGGUUUUUUUAAGGGUUCAUCAUCAGUGUGUUCCCCAUUUGAGAUAAAUCUCUUCAAAGGUCUUUCCUUUUGGAGGCCAAAGGAGGCAGAACAAACACAACAAUGGCUGAUUGGGGUGAAGAGUUUGAUGAGCAAGAUGUGUGGGGAACUGCUAUGAUCACCAAGGACAAGAAGGAUUAUUCAACCACAAAAACAAUGGUUUCUAAGUCUAAGAAGUACUCAUCAUCAUCAUCAUCUGGAUAUUCUUCCUGUUCUGCAUGGCACAAUGCUACCUCUACAAGAAAGAUACCAAGGGCUAAUAAUGGAGUCUUAUUACCCUCUUCUGAUGAAGAUCAUGAUGGGCAAGCAAGUCUUAGAGGGUCCUCAGCACCAAUGGACAUCCCUGACUGGUCAAAGAUUUAUGGCAAGAAAAAGGAUGAUGGGUUUGAUGAUGAUAUUGAUGAUGAUGAUGAGAAUGAGGAUGAUGAUGAAGAUGGUAUGAUCAUUCCACCACAUGAAUUGAUUGCUAGGAAGCUUGCAAGGAGCCAGAUCUCUUCAUUCUCUGUGUGUGAAGGCAUUGGAAGAACACUCAAAGGGAGAGAUCUUAGCAAAGUGAGGAAUGCCAUUUUGACCAAAACCGGUUUCAUUGAGUAAUGUUAGUGUUGUCAUGUUCUAUGGUCAUGUCAUUAUCAGCUUCAUAAUCAUAUGUUAUAUGUUAUGGUUUUGGAGUCACCACUAUCUAUAGUUAUAGCACAUUAGUAGUAGUAUUCAUCAUCAUUGUUAGACUCAGAUUCGGAUCAAAUCCCAUGCAAUCUUUUAUAUUUGAUUACCCGCACUAAUAUUAUAGCAUUAAUUUAUUGUGAGGUGCUGCUACAACCCCAAGAGCUUCAAACUUGAAAUAGUGUCCCAUCAUAAACCUUUUAAUUUUCUUUUGUUUAUUUCUUGUUCUACAUUUUCUGGGAGUAGGGAGUUUCUUGUUCUCUGUUUUGUA